AUGCUCACUUUCAGCAUGCGUUUCUCGCUCAGAAUCAAACGAGAUAAACGGGACCAGAAGGAGGAAAAAGCACUUUCUUCGUCAACACCGACUGCCUCAUCAAUCCAUUUGCACAUAGAUGGCGUUGAAGAGCUAUAUCGCAGUCCAGACCCAGUAGCGUUCGACAUUUGCUUUAUUCACGGCUUGACUGGAGAUCGACGAACAAACUGGACUUCGGAUGGCCAGUCGGCUCCCUGGCCAGAGUCCCUUCUCCCUUUAGAUCUCAGUGGAGCCCGUAUUCUGACCUAUGGGUAUGACGCUUACAUCAUUCGAAGCUCUGUAGCCUCUUUUAAUCGACUGAUUGGUCAUGCAACGAACCUCCUCAAUGAUUUGACGACAGACAGAACCUUGUGUGGCGCUACAGGAAGACCUCUGGUCUUCAUCGCACAUAGUCUUGGGGGACUCGUAUGCAAGAAGGCGAUACUUUUGUCUCGAAACAAUGUCGAGCCACAUCUUCGUGACAUUUUUGAUUCUGUCAAAGGAAUCAUAUUCAUGGGCACGCCGCACAAGGGGUCUUGGAUAGCCAACUGGGCUAAGAUACCCGUCAAUACUCUUGGAAUCAUGAAAUCGGUCAACAAGUCAUUGCUGGAGGUGCUGUCGACAGAAAAUCAGCUUCUGGAGUCCAUUCAGCUCGAGUUCUGGGCAAUGAUACGCGAAUUGCAAAGAGCUGGGAGGGCCAUCGAAGUGACAUUGUUUUUCGAAGAGUUGCCUCUGACUGGACCUGGGCUCGUUGUGUCCAAGGAAUCGGCAACUCUGGAGGGGUAUAACUCCAUGAGCAUCCACGCCAAUCAUCGUGAUAUGGUGAAGUUUGGCUCCGCAGACGAUAACGGAUAUAAAAGGCUGCUCGGUGAACUUCGAAGGUGGAACCCGCACAACCAGUAUGUUGGAGAACUUCACCUUACACCAUAG